GCCUUUGCCUUCCAAUCUUUCUUCAGCAUUUGAGAGUGUUUUUUUUGAGUGGUCAUUAAACGAUAUUUUUCUGAAACCCUUCCCUUUCUUCUUUCUUUUACGUCUUUGUUUCUAAACCCCUUCCCAUUCACUACCUCAUCAUGGAACAGCUGAUAUCCAUAAAAAACAACACUAAAGGUGGUUGCGACGACGGUGCUAUCGACAUUGAAGACUUUGUGCAGAAUAAGCUUCGACCUUUCUUGCACAAGUUUAAGCACCAGCUAUCAACCUUUGAUGACCCAAGCAUUGCACUGCAAGAAUUCACAUUAAGCAAAGUACGAAAUAGCAAGCUAUGCACGAUUUAAACGAAAAAUUCAGAGAAAUAGAAGCCUUAUCCGAUGGCUACCUCGAGAAAAAAAUGGAAGACACCAUCGAUGCUACUAUGCAACAAAUUGAAGAAGUGGACGGUCGCAUUUCGACUGCGUUUGAACGAGCCUUUCAAGUUCGUCAAAGAGUAGGUGAUAAAAUUACCGAAGUGGCCGGAUUAGCCAGCGACCGUAUGGACUCUGUCAAAAAAAUCGUUGCUGACGAGGCGCGGCGAUUGCUCUUGUACGAUGAACUGCCUAUCGAAUGGAGAAACAAUGCGCAUAUUCUAACCGGCUAUCGAUUUCUACCUACCCCUUCUGCCUGCUGGCACUCUCUCACCUAUGUUCACAACGAAACCGGCAACAUCUAUACCCAUCUUUUAGGAUUCUUCUUCUUUCUCGGUCUUGGCAUCUACGAGUUGUUCUAUUCAACUUCACUUGCCUCGGUUCCCAAUUUUGAUCGAAUUGUUUUCGCUAUCUUCUUUAUCGCCGCAUGCAAAUGUCUCAUGUGCUCCACCGUAUGGCAUACCCUUUCGGGAAUCAACGACUACGACAUCUUUAAGCGCAUGGCUUGUUUAGAUUACGUUGGCAUCAGCGUAUUGAUAUCCGCUAGUGUCGUCCUUUUGGAGUACUAUGGAUUUUAUUGUAACGAUAUCUGGAGAAACACUUAUAUCGCUGGUACCACCAUCUUGAGUGUUAUUGGUGUUUGCAUGCCUUUUAGCGAAUGGUUCAACCAAAACGAAUUCAAAUGGCUUAGAAUUGCCUUCUUCAUCGCGCUAGCUGCCUCCGGAGUUUUGCCUAUUUUCCAUUUGGUUGCUAUCCAUGGAGCAUCACACACCUUGAACUGGUUGUCACCGCUUCUGUAUUCAUUGGGAUCCUAUCUACUUGGUGUGUUUGUUUACGGAAAUCAACUUCCUGAAGCUGUUUGGCCUGGUAAAUUUGACCAUAUCGGCCACUCGCACCAGUUCUGGCAUCUCUUUGUUUGUGGAGGCAUUUGGUUCCAUUAUGUUGCUGCCUUGGGCUUCGUAAGAGAACGCGAAGUGUUCGGCCUCUGCUCCCUAUAGAAUUUUUCCUACACAUUAUAGAUCAUCCAUCCUAAGCCAUAUCCAGACAGCCUAUCUAAUACCUUCCCUUGUUUCACUUGUAUAUUUUUUCUCCAACGAUUACCAUCAAGAUACGUUUUAGUUAUACCAUUCGGUAACUCAUCUGCCUGC